AAAUCUACCUGAUCUUAUAAAGUUAAAAAGACGAAAAAAUGAUGGUCUUUGUGAUUACCAAUUCUAUAUUUAUAUUAUAUUAGUAUACCUCAAAAAUCUUACCAUUAUAGAAAAUGCUUCAAUAAAAAUUCGGCUUCAUCUGUCAUUUUAUUAAAAACUUCAUAUGGAUGUUCAGGUUUAAUGCAUCCAUCACAUUAUGUCAAUGUUACAAGAUGAAAAUCAAACUUACAUUUUUUAGUUUUGAUGUAUCUGUUAACAUUCUGUACAUAAGUACUCUGUUUUAAGUAGUCAUUCUGUAACUGACUUCAUAUCACUAAUUUCCUACAUUCGUCAUAAGUCACAAGAUUUAAUCAACUAAACAGGCUAUCAUCCAAUUUUCUUCAUCUGUUCUCAGUAUUAUAAUUCACGGGUAGCCCAUCUACAUAUUUUUAAGUGUCGCCCUCUACGCGCUUUAUAUUUUGUAUGGGUCUAAAUCUUCCACAGUAGACAUCCUUCUAAAUGGGUUGUAAACAUUCUUCUCAUCCUCCCUAUUCUUCCAAGUUUGGCGUCCCGAUUUUAAUCUUUCUGGUUAUUCAAACCUUUUUCACUUCUGUAUUUUUUUUGCGGGUUAACCUCCAUUUUAUCUCACAUGUCUUUCUCAAAUCCUCUCCAUUUUAUUUUUCUUACCUUUCCGGUACUGUAUUAAUCAAAAGACGAGAAAUAAACUUGUACACAUUUUCUUCAGAUUUUAAUUUAUACUGCUGCUAAAUAUAUUAAGUAAUUAAUUACAUUUUCCAAGAGUUGAUCCAGAUGCCAAGAUAUGUAAACCAAGCAUUCAGCAAAAAAAUUUUCGUUUUACAAUUAACUAUAUAAGCAAUCUAAUCUGAAACAAAACAAAAAGGUAUUGAUAUUGAGGGUGGUCAUGUGAGUUAGGCUAAUCUUAAAAUAUGAAGAAAAGUCCUUUGAUAUCACAGAUACGUAUUUAAUUGCUAUCGGCUUUGAACUUAAAUUAAUUAUUUCAUUAUAUUGCCGCAAUUUGAAAAUAAUUGUAUUUGCGAGAUUCAAAGGAUUAUUUUUAAAUUAAAAGAUUGAUAAGUAAACAAUAGUUAAAAACAGUUCACAAACCUUUUUAAUUUUAAUCCUCAUGAGAAUUACUGCAUUUGAUAUUGAAAAGAAGCAUCAGAGAAUCUGGAUCAAUUCAUGGAAUAUCUUACCAAUCAUAUUCCAUCAUUUACUGUCCCUCAAUCUAAUAUUCUCUUCAGAUAUCUUCAUAUAGCCUCCUUCAUGGUUGUCCUUCCCGUGUGGUAUUGUCCUAAUCGUUCGUCUUCUUAAUGUGCCACCAUCCUACAAUCUCCUUGGUGUGUUGUGUAGUAAUUUGAUGUGGGCCUCAUUCACAGCUGUUCCUAAUCCUGUCCCUUUCUUAUAUGUCCUCUAUAAUCCAUCCUCCUCUCUGUCGUAGGACUUAAUCCUCCUCCCUGUCGCGAGUCUUCAUCAUCCAUUCUCCGCCGUGGGUCUUCAUCAUCCAUUCUCCGCCGUGGGUCUUCAUCAUCCAUUCUCCGCCGUGGGUCUUCAUCAUCCAUUCUCCGCCGUGGGUCUUCAUCAUCCAUUCUCCGCUGUGGGUCUUCAUCAUUAAUUCUGUCAUGAAACUAAUCUAUUGUCAUGAAGCUAAUUAUUCAUUCUGUCGGGGUCUCCAUCAUCCAUUCUAUGCCACAGGUCUAUAUCCUCCAUUUUCCGUCCUGGAUGUUCAUCCUCCAUUCUCCGUCGUGGGUCUUCAUCCUCCAUUCUCCGUCGUGGGUCUUCAUCCUCCAUUCUCCGUCGUGGGUCUUCAUCCUCCAUUCUCCGUCGUGGGUCUUCAUCCUCCAUUCUCCGUCGUGGGUCUUCAUCCUCCAUUCUCCGUCGUGGGUCUUCAUCCUCCAUUCUCCGUCGUGGGUCUUCAUCCUCCAUUCUCCGUCGUGGGUCUUCAUCCUCCAUUCUCCGUCCUGUGUCUUCAUCCUCCAUUCUCCGUCCUGUGUCUUCUUCCUCCAUUCUCCGUCGUGGGUCUUUAUCCUCCAUUCUCCGUCGUGGGUCUUUAUCCUCCAUUCUCCGUCGUGGGUUUUCAUCCUCCAUUCUCCGUCGUGGGUCUUCAUCCUCCAUUCUCCGUCGUGGAUCUUCAUCCUCCAUUCUCCGUCGUAUGUCCCACCAUUCUGUGGUGUGGCCCUUUAUUCUCAAUUUUUCCUUUUUGAGUUUUUAUUCUCAUUUUUUCGUCGUGGGUCUGUAUCCUUAUUUCUCCGUCGUAAAUCUUCAUCCUUCAUUCUCAUUCUUGGGUCUUCAUCAUCCGUUCUCCGUCGUGGAUCUUCAUCCUUCAUUUUCCGUCGUGGGUCUUUUUCAUAAAUUCGUCAUCAUGGAUGUUAAUCUUUCAUUCUUCCUCGUGGGCCAUCCUCAAUCGUGGAUCGUUCUCCUCUUCCGAGGUCCUUUGCGCAUUGUCGUCUUUUUCCAAGCCUCUUCGCAGAUCGUCGUCCUCUUCCAAGCCCCUUUGCAGGCCACUGUCGUCUUCUUUCAAGCCUCUUCGCAGACCAUUGUCGUCCUCUUCCAAGCCUCUUCGCAGACCAUUGUCGUCCUCCUCUUCUAAGCCCCUUCGCGGAUCGUCAUUCUCUUCCAAGCCGCUUCGCGGGCCGUUGUCCUCUUCCAAUCCUCUUCACGGGUCGUAGUCAUCGUCCUCUUCCAAGCAUCUUCGCGGACCGUCGUCCUCUUCCAAGCAUCAUCGCGGACCGUCGUCCUUUUCCAAGCCCCUUCGCAGGUCGUCAAUCUCCUCCAUGCCUCUUCGCGGAUGGUCAUUCUCUUCCAAGCCUCUUCAAGUCCCUUCGCAGGUCGUCAAUCUUCUCCAUGUCUCUUCGCGGGUCGUCAUUCUCUUCCAUACGCCUUUGCGGAUAGUCUUCCUUUUCAAUCACCUUUGCGGGUCAUCCUCUUUCAAGUCACUUCGCAGGUCGUCGUCGUCCUCUUCAAAGUCCUUUCGCGGGUCGUCGUCCUCUUCAAAGUCCUUUCGCGGGUCGUCGUCCUCUUCCAAGCCUUUCCGCUGAACGUCCUCUUCUUUCAAGUCUCUUCUUGGGCCGUCCUCCUCUUCUUUCAAGUCUCUUCGCGGGCCGUCGUCCUCUUCCAAGUCUCUUCUUGGGCCGUCGUCCUCUUAAAAGCCUCUCCGCUAGUCGUCGUCCUCUUCCAAAUCCAUUUACAGGUCGUCAAUCCUGUACAUGCCUCUUCGCGGGUCGCCAUCACCUUCAUGACUCUUCGUGGGUUCUCGUCUCCUACAUACCCUUCCCAGGUCAUCUAACGCCUCCAUUCUCUGUUGGUCUCCUCCAGUCCGCUUAGAGUACCUUACUCCUCUAUUCUCCUUGGUGGGUACUUCUUUCUUGGGUAAGAUAUCCUCAAAUGGAUCCAUUCCGUCUUGUCUCUGGUCGUUCCUCUUUCUUCACUAUCCCAUUUCAGAAAGUCUCAUUCCCCCAUCUUGGGCCUUCAUCCUCAAUGGGUCGCAUCUUUCUUGCUCUUCUAUAGUUUAUUUCGCCAGUCUUCCUCCAUUUCGUUUGGCAGGUCGUCCUCGUUUUGUUUAGCCAUCCUCUAUUCUCCUUAACAGGUCUGCAUUCAUCCUCAAUUACAUUUGUGUCCUUCAUUCUCCUUAGUAGGUCUUCCUUCAUUUUAAGUUGAGGGUCGCUCCAUAAUUCUUGACUAGUAGGUCUUUCAUUUUCUGUAACAGGUUCCCAUUUACUCUCACAACUUUCUUCACUCGCCAUAGCCCAUUCUUCUUUAAAGCCCGCCUCCGUCCUUCUUUUUGUAAGGAUAGAGAAUACUUUUCCUCACUCAGUGUUGUACGAUUCUUCAUGGUCGUCCUUUACUCAAUUAAUGAAUGUCAGUCCCCAUUACGUUUCCU